GGCUCAAGAUGGCACUUAGAGUAUAUAGAUACUCGAGGCUCUUGGACAUGCGUACGCCCCCGAACCUUGGUGAACGAUAAACACUGCGAGGUUGAGGCAAAAACCUGAUCGGGUAACUCGGUCCGGCGGUUACAAAACUUGGAACCAUCCAUCCCGUUGCCGAUCUUCUUCUCUCUGGUCGUUCCCACCAUGCUGUUUCGACCCGCCAUUUCUCGCAGAGACCCCAUUCUGCUGAUUUUGGGAGCGUCGUUAAUGCAUUUCCUCACUUUCGUUCAUCCUUCCUAUCUAUCCGAUUCGAAUAUCAUUACCAUCAAUACCCACCACCUUGAUCGCUUUGAAGACGCGCCGUUGCCACCGCCUAUCUGGACAGAGGAUAUACCGCCAGAUGUUCAGAUGGUGAAGCAGCUCGAUGAUGUUGCAACUAUGGCUCCAGAUACUUCGAUGCAAUUGCAACCGGUCCACGCCAAUCUACCACACACUUCCAUCGUUCAUCAUGCUCCUGGAUGGACGCUCUUUCGAAAUCUGUACAUGUCCAGCGGCACGCUAUUCAUUCUCUCUUCGAAUCGCUCUUUCCCCGAGUUCCGUCUAAUGACAAGUUCAGGCCUGCCCGCUGAGAACACACCAGAAAACGGCGCGCUACGCGAGCCGACUUCACAGCACAUGGAUUAUAUCACACCUUUAGAGGCUCACCAACGCUGGGGAGGAGAGAUGAAAAAUCGCGUAUGGACAGUGGAAGGUAAUACGCUCCUCGUCAACGAACCCAGUCAAUUUCUAGGACACUUCUAUCACCUAGUCGCUGAGCUCUUGUUCGGGGUCCAAGCCUUCUGGCACGGGGCCUUCUCGGCAGCUUCUGUUGCUGAUGUCUACUCUGCGAAAUUCACCUACCCUGGCCCGCCGGCAUUCGACCGAAUGAUAUUCUCCCAGAGCUAUGGGGAUGGAUGGCGUGACUACCCUGGAUUCAACGCAUAUGUUUUGCGUGCCGCAUUCCCCUCGCUUACCAUUGAAGACAAGCAAGAUUGGGAGGACCGAAUAGCCGCUACCUCGGGAUUGUCUGUUGAUCGUGCAUGGCAUUUCCCGCUCGUACUUCUUACUGAUCGGAGUGCUUCUCAUCGUGGUGUGCUGUGUGGGACCCACACCCAGCGUAUUGCAUCUGAGGCCUGGGAAUACAUGCGCGAGCAGUCCCGCCUCAUGGGGAUCAAGGUCGGCGGGUGGUGGGAGCCUAUUCGCGCGUCCGUGUUGAAGUUCUCUGGUCUGGAUGUCGUCAGGCAGGAUGGAGAUGACCUUCCAAUGCCAGACAAGGUCGUGAUAACGUAUAUCAGUCGGCAGGGUACGUCGAGGAGGAGGCUCACGGACGAGGCGCACGAUUCGCUGGUUACGGCUCUAGAGGAGCUCGUCGAGAAGAAGAAAGACGAGGGCUGGGAACUUAAUGUCAUGCAGGCUGAGCGCAUGUCGAAGGAUGCUCAAGUGCAUGCUGCUGCCCGGACGACGAUAUUGCUUGGAGUCCACGGAAAUGGACUGACUCAUCUACUUUUUAUGCCUCCGACGAAGGUGUCCACGGUGAUUGAGAUCUUCUAUCCAGGAGGAUUUGCGCAUGAUUACCACUGGACGACGCGAGCUCUUGGAAUGUCGCACUUUGCGGUCUGGAAUGACACUUAUUACACGCACCCGAAUGAGCCUGGCAUUGACUACCCCGAAGGAUUUCAAAGGGACUAUAUUCCGGUCCAUGGACCAACCGUCGCGCAGAUAAUCGAGGAUCGCAUUGCAGGAAGAUUGUGAUAGACAGCAUCUUGCAGCCUGUCGUUGAGCUUAUUAUUACUAAUUACUAUGUCGUGUAUCAUUACAUAUAUCCUCCUGGCUCUGGAGUUGAAACUGGAAGGCGCAGCUUUGUCACUUCUGAGGAA